CUGAGGAGCACGCUGAGGUGCCCGCAGCACUGCAGAAUGGAGAACUAUAAGAAGACCAAAAUAGUGGAGAAACCUUGUCCUCUUCCUUUUACCAACCUGCCCCCUGAUAUUAUUGAAAUGAAAGUAAAGGAUGGGAGCAAAAUCAGGAAUCUGAUGGGCUAUGCCAUCAGCAAGAUGGAGCUAGGCUCGGUGAGGCAGAUCCUGUUCACUGGUUCAGGCAAGGCUGUCAGCAAGACCAUUACCUGUGUGGAAAUCUUGAAACGAAAACGCAGAGAGCUGCACCAGAUCACCAAAGUGCUUUUCAAACAGAUAGAAGAGAUCUGGGAACCCAUUGUGCCUGAGGCAGGCCUCGAUGCCUUGACAGUGAAGAGAAACAUUCCUGCCAUAUGUGUUCUACUCAGCAAGGAUGCCCUCGAUCCUCAGGAACCAGGAUACCAGGCUCCAGGCUCUUUCGACACCUUCUGGAUUGAAACACUUAAAGCAGAGUCCCAGGGCCAGAUGAAAAGGAAGCAGGGUGGAGGCAGAGGAGCAGGCAGCACAGGAAAGCAUCCUCGAUCCACUGGAGGAGGACCUGGAGAGUCCUGUGGCAAGUCAUGAGAUGCCAGCACCGUGUUUGUAGUUUGGGGGAGUUGCAGAAAUAAUCAAGCU